CCCAGCACACUCACAUUUCUCUAAUAUUCUCACAGCAAAACCAGAGAGCUCUCUCUACUCAAAACUCAAGAGCGAGGUGAACCAAACUAUUCGAGUGUUGAAAAAUGACGAAGGAAGUGAGCGAGGAGCCGCAAGCCCACCACCACAAGGACUACGUCGACCCACCGCCGGCGCCGCUCUUCGACAUCGACGAGCUCAAGCGCUGGUCCUUCUACAGGGCUCUCAUAGCCGAGUUCAUCGCCACCCUGCUCUUCCUCUACGUCACCGUCGCCACCGUCAUCGGCCACAAGCAUCAGACCGGCCCCUGCGACGGCGUCGGCCUCCUCGGUAUCGCCUGGGCCUUUGGUGGCAUGAUCUUUGUCCUCGUUUACUGCACCGCCGGUAUUUCUGGUGGUCACAUUAACCCGGCGGUGACUUUCGGGCUUUUCUUGGCUCGUAAGGUCUCUCUGAUCCGGGCCUUGGCUUACAUGGUCGCCCAGUGCUUGGGAGCUAUCGCCGGUGUCGCGCUGGUCAAGGCCUUCCAGAGUAGCUACUUCAAGACCCUCGGUGGCGGCACCAACUCUGUCUCUGCUGGCUACAGCAAGGGCACAGCUCUCGGCGCUGAGAUCAUCGGCACCUUUGUGCUUGUCUACACCGUCUUCUCAGCCACCGACCCCAAGAGGAGCGCGCGUGACUCUCACGUGCCUGUGUUGGCUCCUUUGCCUAUUGGGUUUGCUGUGUUUGUUGUGCACUUGGCUACCAUCCCCAUCACCGGAACUGGCAUCAACCCUGCUCGGAGCUUCGGUGCUGCCGUCAUUUACAACAAGGAGAAAGUCUGGGAUGACCAAUGGAUCUUCUGGGUCGGACCCUUCGUCGGAGCUCUUUGUGCAGCCGCGUACCACCAGUACAUCCUGAGAGCCGCCGCCAUCAAAGCUUUGGGUUCAUUCCGGAGCAACCCCUCCAACUAAAUGAGAAGAAGAAGCUAGAGGAAAUCAAGAUCUCCACAUCUUAUAUUUUGGUUCUAUUUAAUUUGUUAGUUUGUUGAUGGAUGUGUGUGUGUAUGAGAGAGGAAUGUUUGAUGAUGGUGAUAUCUCUUGAUUAAAUUUGUCUGUUGGAUUUUUAAGAACAAAUAUGUAGCCAGUGGAUGUGCAUUAUUGUCAAUGAGUAGUGGUGUUUUGCCAUCUUUCCUCCAA